AUGUUGGCCCUUGUGUCUGGAAAGCAUGUUUUGUGUGAGAAGCCGCUUACAGUUAAUGCCAACCAAGCGGAAGCGCUAUGCAACGAAGCCAAGAAGAUAAACCUUUUUCUAAUGGAGGCUAUGUGGACGCGGUUUCUACCCAUAACAAAAGACGUGCUUAAUGAGAUACGUCGUGGGACUGUCGGCGAGGUCUUGCGAGUUCUUGUAGACACAAGUUUUGGGGACGAAGUCGAGAAAACAUGGGGUACGGAACACAGGAUGCUUAAUAAAGCAUUAGCUGGUGGAGCAUUGCUUGACUUAGGAAUCUACAGCUUGACGUGGGUCUUUUUAUCCCUUUAUCAUGUCCUGCCUAAAACACAACGCAAACCCCCAACGGCAGUUUCAGCUCAGAUGACAUUGAACUAUCUGACUGGCGCGGAUGAGGCAUCUUCAAUUUUACUCACCUUCCCCACGACCGCACCAAGCAACAUCGCAGAGUGGAACUCACAAGGUGUUGCUCUUACCAACCUACGGGUCUCUACUGACCCAGAUGGUCGGAACAUUGCAGGCCCCUCCAUUCGUAUACAGGGGACACGCGGAGAGAUUCAACUAGAUGGUCCAUCGUUCCGACCCGAAAAGUAUCGUAUAAUCCUCCGCAGCGACAAUAAACACGUCGAUGGCAGUGGAGUUGUUAAAGAGGUGGAUCAUCCCAUUUCACCGGAUGUAAAGGGCAUGUACUGGGAGGCUGAUGAGGUAGGACGUUGUCUCCGGGAUGGUAAAAUUCAGAGCGACUUGUUACGCUGGGAUGAAACGAAUGCAGUUCUGGCUGUUAUGGAUGAAGCUCGAAAACAAGGCUGA